AUGAUAUAUGAUUUCUUUGCAGUAAUAUAUGUUGUGACCGGCUCCGUCAAAUUAAAUACAAGUUUGGAAGAAAUUACAAGAAAAGCACGUGCUGUUAAAUCCGCAAAUCCGUGUACCUAUACCGCACCACCUAAGCCUGACUUCUCAGCGCCUGGUCGAAGAAUUAGUGAAGCAAAGUGUUAUGAAUACAUGUGGGAGAUGAAGAAUCGAGAGGACAACUCAACCAGAAUUACUAAUUGUUGGAAAAAGAGACACCCAGGCAGACAUGCAAUUGGUGGUCGCCGCACAUCACCAGGUGAAUUUCCCCACAUGGGUGCUGUAGGAUGGAAAGCUGCUGUUGGGACUUGGAUAUUUAAGUGCGGCAGUUCCUUAAUCAGUUCGAAAUUCCUGCUUACUGCUGCUCACUGCUCUAAAGUAUCUCCACGUGACACCAGUGUGGCACACUUUGAACCGGAGAUCGUAAGACUAGGUGAUAAGAAUAUUGCUGAUGUUUAUUCAAGGGGCGUCUUCCCGCAAGAUGUAAAAAUCAAAAGACUUGUAAAACAUCCAAACUUCGACCCGCCCAAGAAAUACUUUGAUAUUGCAAUUAUUGAAGUAACGACUGAGGUUAUAUUCACAAAGCUAGUACAACCAGCUUGUCUAUGGACGAACGACGAUACAAGCCCACUUGGAACCAAGGCAACUCUUACAGGAUGGGGUGUAGUAGAAACAAGUGGAAGAGAGACAUCCCCAGAGUUACAAGCAGCGGAUGUCGACAUUAUUGAUUCAGUCGAAUGUCAACGUCUACUUCGACUCUAUUUUAACCGCCUCUGGUGUGGGGUAGACUCGCAUCAGCUUUGUGCUGGAAAAUUAGCAGGAGGUGUCGACGCUUGUCAGGGGGACUCGGGUGGACCUCUGCAGGUAAAGAUACCUUUACCAGUAAAGUCACAGGGUUCACUUCACUACGUCAUUGGAAUCACAUCCUUUGGUGUUGGCUGUGCUCAGAAAAACAUUCCUGGGAUAUACACAAGGGUCUCCAGCUUUAUUGACUGGAUAGAAGAUGUGGUCUGGAGAGGGUCAUGA